AAGUUAAUUAUGAUUAUAAAGACUUGUUUGUUUUUAAAAAAUAUUCAGUUAUUGUGAUAUGUUAACAAAUUAACGUGAGAUAAUAUUCAUUAAUACGUUAAUUGGUUUUUUUGUUGUGAAUCAAAAUAAAAUAAAAAAUUGUUAUUAUAAAUAAAAUAUGAAAAUUAAUGUUUGGAAAAUUGUUUUUAUUUAUUCAUGCAUCUUGUUUGUAAGUUGUACUUGUUUCCAAAAGCACAUUCAGGCACUAACAUCCAAAGUAAAUGAAUUAUUUGGAAAAAAAUUAUGCCAUGAUGACAAUACACCACCAAUAUUGAAAGACGAACCUAUAGUACCACAUUGUGAUAAGACUAAUAAUAAAUAUUAUUUGUUUGGCAUUGACUGGAAGAGUAUAAGUUUUAAGAUCACAAAUAACUGGUGGUUAAUUGCUGUAUCAUCGCUAUUGCCAUUCAUUUUAUUUUGGCGGGUUCAAUACAACAUGAGAAAAAAGCUUUAUGAAUGGAAAAAACAUUUUAUUCAAAAAGAAAAAGCUUACAUAUAUUCUAGGUCCAGGCGACUAACAUUACCUGACUUAACUUUAGCAAGACAUGCUCGAAGAGAAUCACUAGCUGAUACUUUACUGAAAGUGCCUUAUCGUCCCAGAAAGCUUUCUCAGUGCAACAUUUUACAAUUCAGAAACACAAGGAAGAAUUCAUUUGAAAGGAGUGAUGAUUCUUCAUCAACGGAAGUAAAAAGAGUCCAUUUAAUCAGACGACGACAUUAAUAAUUUAUUUAAUAACAUAAAAUAUUUGAUUACAUAUGUAUAUAUAUGUGCCAACAUUAUCUGAUUAUUUGUGUACACAAUAUUUGUUUCAAGUAUUUUAAUAAAUGCAAAAUAUUGAAAAGUA